CUUUCCUUUUGAGAAACCAUAAACCAUGCUUUUUGAAGUACGUGGCUUCAGAUUUUGCUCCUCUGCAAGGAUGCUGGCAGCUUUGGUAUUCAUUCUGCUUUGUGUCCAGCCCGGACAUGGACAGACCUGCACAGAAGGUUUUGCUUAUGACCGCGGGUCGAGACGGUGUAUAGAUGAGGAUGAGUGCCGUACCCAGCCAGAUGUUUGCCGAGGAGACAUGCAGUGUGUGAACCAGAACGGAGGCUACCUGUGCCUCCCGAGGAGAUUGUACGACCAGCCGUACAGAUCGGAGAUCCCGGCCCGGCCCGAGCCCGUUUACCCGGACUCAUCGGACACCUUCCUCCCGGCUCUGCCGAGAUCUGUGGAGCCCAGCUACCCCAGAGUGAGGGCCACUGCGCAGUGCCUCCUGGGGUAUACUCCUGCAGAGGAUGGCAGCUGUGAUGACAUCGACGAAUGUGAGACGAACUCUCAUCACUGUAACCCCACCCAGGUGUGCAUCAAUACAGCGGGCGGCUACACCUGUUCCUGCACUGAAGGAUACUGGCUCAUUGGCGGACAGUGCCAGGAUAUUGAUGAAUGUCGCUAUGGUUACUGCCAACAGCUGUGUGCCAACGUCCCUGGCUCUUACUCCUGCUCCUGUAACCCCGGCUUCAUCCUCAACCCAGACAGCAGGACGUGUCAAGAUGUGGAUGAGUGUGAGGACGAGCCGUGCACUCACGGCUGCUUCAACACCUACGGCUCCUUCAUGUGCAACUGUGACGAGGGAUUCGAGUUGGCGUCCGACGGAACUUCUUGCAUUGACUUGGAUGAGUGCAGCUUCUCUGAGUUUCUGUGUCAGCACAGAUGUGUGAACACCCCCGGCUCUUUCUCCUGCGUCUGUCCGCCCGGAUAUUAUGUGUAUGAGGACGGCAGGAGUUGUGAAGAUAUCAAUGAAUGUGACACUGGUAACAACACCUGUACAACAGCACAAGUAUGUUUCAAUUUCCAGGGAGGCAAUACGUGCCUGGAUGCUUUACAGUGUCACUCUCCUUACGUCGAAGUUAGUGACAACCAGUGCAUGUGUUCGGCGGAGAACCCUGCCUGCAGGGACAAACCCUUCACUAUUCUGUACCGACACAUGGACUUGUCGUCGGGGCGCAGUGUGCCUGCAGACAUCUUCCAGAUGCAGGCCACCACGCGCUACCCCGGCGCCUUCUACAUCUUCCAGAUAAAGUCGGGCAACGAGGGACGAGAGUUUUACAUGAGGCAAACCAGUAACGUGAGCGCCACGCUGGUCUUGUCACGGCCCAUCAAGGGUCCCAGAGAGUUGGUGCUGGACUUGGAGAUGGUCACCGUCAACAACGUCAUCAACUUCAGAGGCAGCUCCAUCAUCCGCCUGACGGUAUUUGUCUCAGAGCACCCGUUCUGAGCAUCCCCAAAGUAAAUGUUAAAAAAAGUGGAGCUGCAGCUGAUGUCACGGUUUGUUUGAGAAAGCGCAUCACCUUUUCUUUUUUUUUUCUUUUUUUUAUCAUUAUGUCAUCUUCCGUAAAGACACGUCCGAUAAAGACUCAGCCAAGAUCAGCUGAUGGGAAAAGCAUCCCGGUGCUCGAAUCCCCACCCUGGUUUAAUGGACACUGAGCUUUUAUGGCUGCGAUUAUGGACUUUCAACACGGAGGGGUAUUUAUGGUGUACAAUUUCUGACAUCCUCUAUUUAGAAAAUGAUGGGAAUCACCCUCACUGAGUACCGGCGUAAACACUAUACAGUUUUUUUUUUUUUCUUUUCAAGAGUUUCCCCAGUUGUCUGAGUUUUCAUCCCUUCAGAUGAGCUGUGAAAGUAACUUUUUAUAUGCCUGAAUUCAAGAGCCGUCGUCGUGAGAGCCGUCAGAUCAUUGUCGUGUCUUUAUUAUUAUUGUGAGACGGUUAUCUGAGCUGAAGUGUAAUUGUGCACUUCCAUUGGCAAUAUUUGAAAUGAUGUAACAACCAGUCAUUAACUGAAUUAUUGAUCACAGUAUU